AACCCGUUCAUCUUCCAGAGACGGGUUUCAGAGAAAGAGAGAAAUAUGAGCAGCUUCACGAUUCCAUCUCCUUCCUCCUUCUCUCUUUCCAAUUCCUAUUAUCAACCCUCUCGUAAUUCCUUCAUUCCCCGCAAUUCUCGUUCCAAUUUUGAGUUUCGCCGAUUAGCUGUCGAGGCUCGAAGAAGAAGCACUUCUUUACGGUGCAGCAAUGGCACCCACGGUUCAGAUUCAGGUGAAAAUGAGAACAGAAGUGUGUUAGAUGCUUUCUUUUUGGGGAAAGCAUUAGCUGAGGUUAUCAAUGAGAGAAUUGAGUCCACUGUUGGAGAAGUUUUGGGUACUAUUGGAAAGUUUCAAGCUGAGCAACAGAAGCAAGUUCAAGAGAUUCAGGAAGAGGUUCUUGAAAGAGCUAAGAAAGCUAAGGAAAGAGCGGCUCGAGAAACCAAGGAGGAACAAGGACUUGUUGCUUCCAAAUCAGCAGCCAUUACCCGAAAUCCGGCUGCUAGCGUUGUUACCUCUGUAACUCCUACACCAACCAAUGAGAGCAACACUAUAAUGGGUGGUGUAGUGGAAAGCUCGAGUUCUAGUGAUGAAGACUGCGUCUAAACGGUAGUUUCAUGGUUACGUUAAAGAUUUGGUAAUAGCAGCAGCAGAGAGACUUGUCUGAAACGGUUGAGAACAUAUUCGUUGAUACAUGUACUUGAAGAAACAAUGUAAACAAUGAAAGUUGAUAUAAAUCAAGGUUAAACCAGCAUUCCCUUAA